AUGACAAUGCAGUUUAACGCGCAGCCUGCCGUUCAGGACCCACGCUUUGCCCCCAAUGCUGGUACUAAUGGCACCCCUCCACAAGCCUCAGACAACGAUCCGUCUGCCCUGUCUGCCACAAGAGAACAUGUCAAUAUUGACAGGCAGUGUGCUGUUCCUCAGUUCAACGGCGUCCCGUGUCCUGCUCCUCUUGCCUGCCAGUCCCACACCAUCCGCGACAAGCACACUGUCCCUGGCAGGAGUGCACCGCUAGAACAACUCAUGGCACUCCAACAGCAAGAGAUGAUGCAACCUCCACAGCAGUAA